GCUUAGGAACGCCGCACCAUUGGUUAAGUCGUUAAGUCAGCGGGCAUUUCAGCAAGUUUUACUGACGUCUUAACGUGACAGUUGCAACGCUGGUGUCCUGGUUUGUCACCGGAAAAAGGCACGAUGCAGAGUUCAUCAGAAGAGAGGCAGCGUGACGAUGAUGAUGCUGAGUCUGGGGAUGAAGAGGCCGCUGGAACGAGUCAUCCACUUCCUGCCCAGGAUUUAUUGGCAACUGGGUCUGAUGUCCUGGACCCCCAGCCUGACUCUGAUCUCUGUAUGGCAGCACCGACUCCUCACCUGUCGAGCUCGAACACACCAGAUGUCAUGACCGACCCAGAGCUGCCAGAAGAGAAGGAGUUACCCUCUCUUGACCCUGACCAUCCUAUGUGUAUAAAGUUUCAGGAAGCUCUAAACCGUGAGCUCAAGAUGAGACUGGAAAAGAUCAAGAAGGAACUGAAAGAAAAGCGCGCUCGUAAAAAGGCAGCUGACCUCCGGUGGGAGAAAGUGAGCAUUGAGGCACGCCACGUUCAGGAAAAACUGGAGAAAGUGAAACGCAAAAUGGAGCAGGUUCAGCAGGCCGGAGUGGACGCACAAGUCCGGCGUCGGCAGGCACAAGAUCAACUGGAGGUGGCGAAGAUCAAAUUUUCUGACGUGAGCAAACAGCGCAGCCAAGAGGAAGCACACGUCACCGAACUGCAAGGGAAACUGGAGAAAAUGCUGCAGCACCUCAGCUUAGCACAAGCAGUCAGCAAAGAUCAGCGCUCCAAAGGUAAAACCAUGAAGAAGGCUAAGCACAGAGCGGGAGCUGAGAAAACUCAAGCAGAAGAGCAGAAAUUGAAAAAGGACCUGUACAUAACUCAUCUAACCAAGGAUCUGGAGAGGCUGACCCAGCAGGUCCACAUGUACGAGGCCCAAAAAACUGCUCAAGCCGUGGAGACAAAAGCAGUCAAGCAGGCAUUUUCUGAG